AUGAAUUUAUCGGAAAAUUACAUUUCGGCGUCGCGUAAUUCGUCGUCUUCAACAGCUACAACUUCAAUGUCAAACAAGUAUAGCAGUUUACCAAAGUUUAACAACCAUACCCAUUCCAACCAAUCAAGAAUUGUGUCUAAUAAUGAUAUGAGUACAUCAAGCAUUUUCCCUUAUAAUAGAACCGUCAGUUCCUCGUCGUCGAUAAUGAGCACCCCAAGCAAUAAUAUCAGAAAGUUCCAACGACAGCGACAACAAGAGAGACAACACCACGAACACCUACCACCACCAUCACAACACCAACGACAAACUGGAAGUAGCAAGAAUGAGCAUAUCAACAACAGUUCAAGGACGUCUAAAAAUGGGAGAUUAAUCAAAAACAAAUUAUUAAACCUACAACAGUCACUGAAACAACAAUUAAUCAAUCGAAUAUCAGACAAAGAUCCAAGACAUUCUCAUUCUAACAGUUCCCAAUCUAAUGCAAAAAAAGUGACGCCUCCAGUGUUUGGUCUACAAAAAGUUGCAUCCAGCCCUUAUGACUUUUCAGUAUUUACAACUGUAGCCACAAAUGAAAAACAGCAUGAUGAGGUGCUAUUUCCUGCUAUAAAACAAUCACAAAUCAGAGCCUGGGAAUCUGCCGAGAAAAUAUGUAGAGGCAUUAUUUUUGAUGAUGAUGAUGAUGAUGAAGAAGAAUCCACCGACGACGAAAGUGAAAACACUAAGAACCCCAUAAUUUCAAUACCGGGAUACACUGAAGGUGAAUUGAAAGAAUUGUCCAAAUAUCCGAAUUUAUCAAGUCAAGAAGAGAAAAAACUCUUAACUGAAUAUAAACGGAAAGUGUUAUCACAACGGGAACAGAAUUUAUCUAAUAACAAUUUAAUAUCGUUCAGAAGACAAUUGCAAAUAGACCAGAAGAAAGAAAUACUUUCGAAAUUGUUCAACAAUCAAAACAAGCUCAAUCUCGAUUAUAUAACUGACAAUGACAACAACAGUAUUGAUAGUUACACCAAUAGAAAUCAGUACAAUGUGAUUGACAACAAUUUGAUUUCUUUGGAUUUGCAUAGUUUGAUCAAUAAUGAUAUGGAAGAAGUGAAUUAUUUAUUGGAAGAAGAUGGUAAUUUUAAAAUUUUACAAGAAGAAGUAAAGCAAAAUAUUUUCCAUAAGAAAAUUGUGACUGAUAAUCAACAAAGCGAUGAAAACGGACAUGGUCAGUUUGAUUAUGAACGUUUCCAAAGCUUGACAGCUAAAAAAUUGGACAAGAUUUAUGAUGUGCAUACUACUCGAUAUGCUGGUGUUAAUGUUGAUGAUGAUGAAUACAAGGAACCUAGUUUCUAUAGUGAUGAUGUUUCUAAUUUGGAACUAGAGGAGGAAUUGUUGCAAUUUACUACUGGCCACUUGCGCCAAUGCAUUCAUGAUAGCAUAGAUGAAGAGGAAAUGACAGAAAAGUAA